AUGUCCCGCUCCAUUCUUCUCAUCAACGGUCCGAACUUGAACCUCCUGGGCACGCGAGAGCCGCAGAUCUACGGCAGCACGACACUCAAAGAUGUCGAGACGCAAGCACAGCAGCAAGCGUCCGAGCUGUCAGUCUCGCUGGCUACAUUCCAGUCGAACCACGAAGGCGCAAUCAUCGAUCGAAUCCAAGAGGCGCGGGGCAAUGUGGACGCCAUCAUAAUCAACCCCGGCGCAUAUACACACACGAGCGUGGCUAUCAGAGAUGCGCUGGUGGGGGUGGAUAUACCGUUUGUCGAAGUUCAUAUUUCCAAUGUGCAUGCGCGGGAAAGUUUCAGACAUCAUAGUUACUUCACGGAUAAGGCGGUUGCCAUGAUUUGCGGGCUGGGUGUGUAUGGAUAUACGGCGGCGCUCGACUUUGCGGCUAAGCAUAUGAAGAUCAAGGCGGGGCAAUAA